AUGUGUUUUAUUUAAUCGAAUCCAAUCUCUUUUCAUCAAGCAUCGGCCAACAUUCACUUAAUCCAUCAUAACAUUGACUACAUGCUCAAAUAGAAAGCAUGACAACACUGAAUCAUUGUAGAAAAGUUUGGACUAACUUUUUGAACGCAGGAGGGUUUGAUAUGCAGACCCUCUCGGGGCUUAAGCUUGUCUCUGCAUCCAAGGGUUCAAUAUCAUGCGAGCUGCAAGUCGAGAAGGAGCAUCUAAAUCGACUAGGAGGAUGCCAUGGCGGUUUGCUCAGCACUAUUGUUGACGUUGGUGGGUCAUUGGCAAUUGCAGCAGAGAAUAUGCACGCAACUGGUGUUUCUACAGAUUUGAAUAUUUCGUUUGUGUCCGGAGCCAAGCUUGGUGAUAAGCUGUUAAUUAACUCUCGCUGCGAUAAGAUCGGAGGCUCGCUUGCAUAUACUUCUGUUGACAUUAAAGUGGGUGACAAGGUCGUUGCAUUGGGUCGCCACACCAAGUUUGUCCGUCUUGCGCAUCAACAAAAUGCACAAUUGAAGGAAUCAUCGACCUCGGAAUAAUUUGCACUCGAAUACUGGCUGCUUUCUGACUACUGUGAAAAUGAAAUACCAAGGAGAAGAGCUACCAUCAUGUCUUUUGAAGUUUAAAUAAAACAACUCUCCAUUAGCUCAGACCUUCUACGAGAUCGGGGCGCUA